AUGUCGUCCACAACUUACCGGUUCCUGGUAGCGUUUGCGCUCAUUUCUCUCGUCGUCUCGACCAUGGGGCUCGGGGAGAUGGAUUUGAAGAAUCAGGGUGGUCGCCCCAAACCGUUCGCCGAACGUCUCCUCGCCUUCCUGCCCCGCAACGCCAACCCGGAUUCCCCCACUGACCGCGUCCAAACCGUCGACACUCAGGACCUGACGACGAGCCUACAGAGCGUCGUCGGCAGCCCGAGCGCCACGCUGCCCCCGGUCGCGACGGGAUCGACAGUACACACGGGAGGCGUUGGAGGCUCGCCAACUUCCGCAGCCUCGCCGACGACGACGAGUGGAGUUCUGGGGCCGAACACGACGGGAAGCGUGCCGAGCAAUGGCAAUGUGGUCCCUGGUACGGCAACGGGAAGCACGAGCGCGGAUGCGAGUCGAAGUAGGAGCGGGAGCGGCGAGGCAAGCAUCAAGACGACGUCGAGUGCGAGGGGGAGUGGCUCUGCUGCCGCCUCGGCCUCUGCUUCCUCUUCCGCCAGCCUGACCGGGUCGUCGCAGCCGCAGGGCGCCGCAGCCGUGGACAACGCCGUCGGCAUUAGCAGGGUGUUGGGUGUGGUAAUCGCGGGAAUGGGUUGGCUACUGUAA